AUGAGCAACAAAAUGUGGGAGGUUGAUCCCGAAACAAAGAGCAAGCUCCUAGACAUCCAAAAGACAAACGAGAACAACCGCUGUGUCGACUGCGGCGCCCCCAGCCCGCAAUGGGCUUCUCCCAAGUUCGGCAUCUUCUUCUGUCUGUCCUGCUCUGGUACCCAUCGCUCCCUCGGUGUCCACAUCUCCUUCGUACGCUCAAUCACCAUGGACUCCUUCAAGGUCCAGGAGGUCGAGCGCAUGUCCAAGGGCGGCAACAAGCCAUGGAAAGACUUCUUCGAUGCUCACGAAUCGAACGCUCUCCAGGGCCGUACCUUUGACGAAUGUACCAUCCAGGAACGCUACGACAGUGAUGCUGGUGAAGAGUGGAAAGAGCGUCUGACCGCAAAGGUCGAGGGCAAGGAAUAUGUACCAGGCACAAAGAGCAGUGGCAUGGCUGCUCGCGCAAAGCCCGCUACCUCCGCUACCACCAGUAGGAGUCAAACUCCCCAGGCUAUCUCGUCUACCGGUCCACCCUCGCAGAAGGUCCAGAACGAAGCCUACUUUGCCCGCAUGGGCGCCGAAAAUGCACACAGAUCUGACACUCUGCCUCCUAAUCAGGGCGGCAAGUACGCCGGUUUUGGCAGUGAACCCGCUCCCCCAUCUUCUUCAAACUCGACCUCAAUUCCUGGUGUCGACGACUUCCAAAAGGAUCCCGUUGCUGCUCUGACAAAGGGCUUUGGUUGGUUGAGCAGCACUGUGACCAAACAAGCACAGACUGGUUACAACGGGUGGGUCAAGCCCAACAUGCAGAAGCUGGCAGAAGCCGAUCUCGCUGCUCAGGCACGCAUGACAGCAGCACAACUAGGUCAAGGUCUUCAAACAGGCACAAAGACGGCCGCCGAGACCUUCAACCGAUUUGUCGAAGGUGAUGAGAGAUUGGCUCCAAGGGGAGGAGCAGCCAAGGGUCCAGCAGCAGACAAGCGAGACUUCUGGGACAGUUUCGGUGAAGCUCCUCAGGGUCCUACGAACGAUAAGAAGGAUUUCUGGGAUGACUUUGCUGCUGCCGGUGAGACUGCGACACAGAAGAAAGCAGCUUCGUCUAGUAUAGGCACAAGCGCCAUGAAGAAGCCUUCAGAUUCACAGCAAAAGUCUGGCGAUGACACCUGGGGUGACUGGUAG